UGACUGCCACAAGGCGCGACGCGACAGCGGCCCGUAAGAUGAGCAUAAAUGCAACUGCGUGCGAAUCUCUCAUUUUUAAUGUCAACGCUUCAUUAUCAAGUGAAACGUGAAGUGAGUGAACCGUCGGUUCUUGAGAAAACAGGCACUCACGUUCUUCAAUAACAGACGGCUCGAGAAUGUGGGGAUGGUUUAACGACGCAAAUGGUGUGCCCGCAUGGUGGCGGGUGGGAGGACCCCACACCCGAUAUGACUCAACAGAAUCGACGCGGGAACACGUGAAUACUCACUAAUACGUUCUGUUGUCAGCCUGUUUUCUAUCCGUUGUGAACCAUUGGUCCAUGUGUAGGGCGCGUCGCUGUGACAGCCCGCAAUCACAAAUCAGGAGGGUCUUUUAGACCUGUUACUUAUUUUGAAACAGUUGAUGUCACUCAUGUGCUGCUCAGUGCGGCAUUCAUGUGAAGAGCUGGCGGUGUGGUAUCGGCAACCCGAGACAGCGGCGCCCUUCGAAUCAUUGUGAUGAGGAGGGACCAGCAUCAGUUCCGCCUCACUUCCCCCCCCCCUCUUCACUUUCCUGUUAAUACAGAUUUGUCUCAAGUAAGGACAGCGAAUAAUCCUUGAUGCAAGUUCUCGCCUGCCUUGCACAUCAGGACUUCUUUAUGUUUCCGUGGAAUACGCCGUAAGUGUCGGGCGAACAACCCCCUGCGCAGAAGCCUGGGUCGACCUUCGUUGGGUAACUCACCGGCGUCGCUGUGCACGGAUGUGUAGGCGGAAUAUCUUCGUCCAAGUGCCCAGGAAGCGCCUUGCAUUCCAGUUAGAACCUGCAGCAUUGCGACAUCUACCUGAUUUUGCGGAACGCGUAUGUCCUCACCUCAAGCCUUUUCUGCUUGUGUAGGCAGUCUCAAGCACGAACCAUAGAAAAGUAGGAAAGACUUGUACAUCCCACGGAGUAUCGUAGGAGGCCUGGAAUCCAGAGCACAGGCAAUGGUACUACCAUUUGACCUCCGAAACCCGAUCUCGAUUCUUACAAAACUUGGUUUUGGAUAAUGAGGGCCGGCGAUCACCGCACAGGGGUACGACUCAUCAUCUGCAGUCUAGUGCCCAUUGCUAUCAUUGCCAACACACUCGGAUCAACGCCAUGGUUGGCUUUUGCAAGCGCCGGAACGGGGAAGGAACAAGGACAGAAACCUGAUUCACCACCUUCCCCAUAUGUGAGUCAAAGACAGGAACACUCCCCCCCUCGCCCGUCUGAGAAGGCUCACCGCAAGAAGCGCCGACAACUGUCUCCUCCCGCAACUCCUCCCCAGUCAAAGCAAGCGCAAUUUGCACCAAGCCCCAAGGACUCAGCUUCGCCACAAAAGCUAUUGGAGUUGCCGGGAUCACCGAGUCGCGAUUCUGUACCACCAUUGACGGUGCCAGUGGGUGAAGGCGUGAGAGGAACAGCACGCCAGCGACCACUGUCGCCGUUGACACCUAGUGACCAUCUUCUGUUUGGAGAGAGGUCUAUAACUUCUGGUGGUGGCGGAGGAUUCAAUGUUGACGAUUUUUUCGCCACGACACAGCCUCCAGGGUCUCACGAAGAGGCCCACUCAAGCCUCGAGGACCCAGCUUCGCCACAAAAGCUAUUGGAGUUGCCGGGAUCAUCGAGUCGCGAUUCUGUACCACCAUUGACGGUGCCAGUGGGUGAAGGCGUGAGAGGAACAGCACGCCAGCGACCACUGUCGCCGUUGACACCUAGUGACCAUCUUCUGUUUGGAGAGAGUUCUAUAACUUCUGGUGGUGGCGGAGGAUUCAAUGUUGACGAUUUUUUCGCCACGACACAGCCUCCAGGGUCUCACGAAGAGGCCCACUCAAGCCUCGAGGACCCAGCUUCGCCACAAAAGCUAUUGGAGUUGCCGGGAUCAUCGAGUCGCGAUUCUGUACCACCAUUGACGGUGCCAGUGGGUGAAGGCGUGAGAGGAACAGCACGCCAGCGACCACUGUCGCCGUUGACACCUAGUGACCAUCUUCUGUUUGGAGAGAGUUCUAUAACUUCUGGUGGUGGCGGAGGAUUCAAUGUUGACGAUUUUUUCGCCACGACACAGCCUCCAGGGUCUCGCGAAGAGGCCCACUCAGAGGGUCCCGUACAGACUCCGCUAGAGGCUUCGCUACAGGCUGCCAUAGCGGCUCUUUUACAGACUCCACCAGAGGGUCCCCUACAGACUCCGCUAGAGGCUUCGCCACAGGCUGCCACAGCGGCUCUUUUACAGACUCCACCAGAGGGUCCCCUACAGACUCCCCAAGCGGCUCCUUUACAGACUCCCCAAGCAGAGGGUCCAGUACAGAUUCGCCCAGAGGUUCCUUUACAGACUCCCCCAGAGGGUCGCCUACAGACUCCGCUAGAGGCUUCGCUACAGGCUGCCACAGCGGCUCCCCCACAGAUUCCGCCCGUUGGGGAGCCAUCUCAACAGCAAGCGCUUUUGCUGCCAAUUUUUACGCCAAUCACCGUACUGGAACCAUCCUUGUUACCGUCCACGCCAGGACUGUCAUUUGUGCCACCACUGGGAGAGCCGAUACCGCAGCAUUUUGUCCCGUUUGGGCUUUUUCCAUCCCCCCCCAGUGACGGAACCGGAAGUUCGACAGGUGCUCGUGCACAUGGGGCAGCCACAGGCAGAGGCACAGCUGGCGCGUCGGCAGCAGACCCGUCAGCAGCAGUUUCCGCUGGCACAUCCCGUACGACUGGCCCUGUCGCGUAUGGGACUGAGCCGGCUCACGAGGCGAGUGUCAAUGUACCUCGUGGCGUGGGAGCAGGUGACGGAUUACUCGCCCAGCCGGUCUAUUAUUUCCUGUCCGCGGUUCCAUCCCCCAGACAAGUGGCACAGCGAGUGGUCUACGCUCCACACGGAACACCGGUUGUCGUGCAUCCCCAACCUCCGUUUUUCCCGGCUUUCACAAACAGGGGGCGGUCUCUGACGGUUGGUACGAUGGGAGCGAUCUCAAUGGCGAACGCUGUCCAAUCACAACCCCAACAGAGACGGACUUUAACAGUUGGUAGGUUGGGUGCAAUCUCAUUGGCGAACGCAACGGAACAACCAGUCGUCGGCAGCAGCACGGACUCAUCAAGUUCUUCACCAAUCUCGCCCCGCUCUCCUCGCUCGCGAUCUUCGAGUUCGAGCGAAAGUACCCCGUCGACCAGAAGAAGGUGGCUCACUGGUUCAUCUACAGGAAGCGACUCUUCCACUUCGAGCAGAGCCAGUUACGCGACAAGCGACUCGCUUUCUUCAGGCCCAUAUCUCUCCCCUUUUAGUGGGUCUGAAUCCUCUGGGAGCAGAUCUUAUUCAUCUUCGAGCCGAUCCCGAAGAAGAAUGUCGGACGGAUCUUCCUGACAUCAGUUGGCAUUAUCAGCCUGUCUCAGAGCGUCCAAAUUCGCUGUGAGGUAACAUCAGCCAACAUUAAGCGCGCCUGGCAUUUGCUUAAACAGAACGAGGCACUCAUUCAGUCCCGCCCAUCGUGUUGCUGCAAAAACGUUGGUAUUUGGUGAAGCUGCUGAAGAAACGCGGCAGGCAGAGCAUGGUGAGUCUUCAUUCUGAAUGUGUAUUAUAAAUUGUCUGAUCGCCGUUCUCUUCCUACAAAGCAGCUGUUGUUCAUGCGCCAGAUCGCUGGGUUUGUUGCAGAUCUCCCGAGAGCGUAACAGGGUAGAGGACAGAGAGACCGCGUAUUCAGCAGCGCAGAAUUACUGGAUCUUCAUAUUGGCCGUCAGUGACUACCGAAGUGCGCUCUUUGGUGGAAAGGUAGGGCGAUUUCUUUUCCUCAGCAAUCGAUAUUGUUCGCGUGCUGCCAUGGCACAAUAUGCUCGCGAUUGCCUCUCACUAAGAGGAGCACGUAUUCGUAUUCAGGUUCCAUUGCACAAUCGUCCUCUUCCAUGAGGCUCACACGACACCAGGGAUGAUAGGACAAUGAACCACCUCUCUUUGUUUUCGUGGUGCACAUCUGUUGCUGUCUGUAAGCUGGCACCACACCGGGUACUAGAACGACGAUCAAAUGUUUUGCCUGCGGUGCGGAGAUGCAUGGCUUGGAGUUGUUUUUUCGCCACUUCGCGUAACUUUGAGCGUGUGUGCGUUCUUGUGUUUCCGAACACAACAAUCUAGUCACUUCGGUGUGACGGUCUUCCGCGGAAAGGAACAGUCACUAGAGGUCGGACUGCAUGCAGGCAUCUAAGGGGCCUGACGGACUAUAGUGGCCCCGACCAUCUUGAUCUUACACCGCCAAAUCACUUCUCGGGAAGGCAACCGUUGGUUGCUUCUGUCAAAUGUUUUGAAGGGAAUACUGCCAAAGGCGUCGCUCGAAGUGUACACCGUUCUACCACCUCUUCCAUGCAGAGGGCACAGCCUCACUGCAACUUUCAGUGAGCCCUGAGGCUUCGGAUAAUACAGUGAAACACGACGCGAACAACAAUGCCAUGCCAUGAACGGUGCAAGUGCGACCUUUUCGGCAGCUCUAUUUGUUGGGUAUGCAACAGGCAAUUCAUCAGUAUCAGUCAGCUUCUGGAAGUGACAUAUUCUCUCGCGUGUCUUCCUAGAUAUGCCUACGAGCCUGGACAACUACAGCUGCGUUGCUUUGGUGGCGGA